GCGAUCCUGGGAGGUCAGGGCACCAAGAUGGCGGCGCGCGCAGCGUGUGUGGCUAUGUGCCGGCGCCUGCAGCAGGAAUUGGGGAAUUCAACUAUAAAUGGUUCUAAGAGCAGGACAACCAGAACUGGUGGCCUCCCACUCAGCGCCAGUAUGACGUGGUUGCCAUUGUCCAACCUGCACAUGGAUGUCCCAAAGGAUCUGACCAGACCCACGAUAACCACUUCCGAUGAGCCAGACAUGUUGUACAAACGCCUGUCCAUUUUAGUGAAGGCUCAUGACAAGGCCGUGUUAGACAGCUACGAGUAUUUUGCUGUGCUUGCUGCUAAAGAACUUGGCAUUUCUAUUAGCGUACAUGAGCCGCCACGGAAAAUAGAGCGCUUCACUCUGCUCAAGUCAGUGCACAUCUUCAAGAAGCACAGAGUCCAGUAUGAGAUGAGGACGCUCUACAGGUGUUUGGAGUUAAAACAUUUGACUGGAUGCACAGCCAGUGUCUACCUGGAGUAUAUCCAACGGAACCUACCUGAAGGGGUGGCCAUGGAAGUAACAAAGACACAGAUACAGCAGUUGCCGGAACACAUCAAGGAGCCCAUGUGGGAAACAGUUCCCGAGGAGAAAGAAGAAAGCCGGUCACAAGCCUCGGGACAGCAGCCGUGCCAGGCCUGAACUGAGCAUGUGUCACAGGAGAGCCGCCAGCCGAGGGGACUCAGGGCCGCCUGUCCUUGCUCUGUCGGGCCUCACGCCUGUGUGCAGCCAAGAGAGAGCAGGCUGGGUUUCAGGGAAGAACCGCUGUAUCCCUCCUUUUUAGCAGACUAUGCUUGUGCUCCGAUUGGAACAAACAUUAGCAACCUUCUGUCCAACCAGAAGCAAAGGAGCCGGGAAUCACACUGCUGACUUCUCGUUAGCUUGUGCUGAUUUUAUUUUGUUUUUAUUUAUCCAUCCAUUCAUUCAUUUUUAUUUCUGGAACUCACAGAGAUCUACCUGCCUCUGCCUCCCAAAUGAUGGAUUAAAAGUGUAUAUACCGUG